UGCUCAGAGUUUAUAAUUUAAGAAGUGUUUUUACAGACAGCAGGUGGCUUAAUAAAACAAUGCACUGUCACAGGGGAUGCUAUUAAUCUUUAACAUCACCAGCAGAGAAGACAUCCACAGUGUCAUGUGAGAAACUGCACUUUACACUUUGCAGGGAGAGACUGAAAUACCAACACAUGCAUCACAGGAUGUGAGUUCACUUAUGAGAAGGAGAUCAGUGCAUUUCGAGGACGUCGUCAGAGGUUUAAAAUGCUAACCAGGUGGAUCACCUUCACAGCGUUUCUGGCUGCCUCAGCAGAUCCAGCGAGCGCAGCAAAUGGCCAGCGCGGUCUGACUGUUGCACCAACCUGCAGGGUCAAAGGUCAUCCAGAGGGAGAGCUGACUUUGAGAUGUGGGGAUGAAAAGAGCACAGGUGUGGUCCAGUACUGGCACACUCCUUUUGGACAACUAGAGACCUCUGGUUUCCUGAGUGAACUGGACCCCCUCUUUGUGCAUCACGAUGGGAGCCUGGUAGUCUCCAAUGCCAGCUCUCUGCACAGCGGCCUGUACUACUGCCUCCUGCAGCACAAAGAGGGAACUACACUGUGGCCGUUUAAGCUCAGUGUUAGUCCAAACAGUCAAACAGACGCUGAACACACUGAGCAACAGAGCUGUGGUGCGUUCAGGUACAGGUUCAGGAGGGGUGUUGGGUCCGUGGAGGGGAGGCAGGCAGGUGUUUCAAAUGUGCAGUUUGCAGGAGCCGUGGCAGCUUCUGUGCUUCUGACGUUUGUGCUGGGCUUCAGCGCUGGAGCUCUGUCCAGGUCUCGGGUUCUCAGAUGUCUCGAUGGGAUCACUAGGAGGCUGAGAUCCCCACGACAAAACCACCCCCAAGCUGACACAUCAGAUCACGGCUCUGAAGUUAGCACAACCCUGCCCAACACGUACAGCAACGAGGCCCUCGAAAUGGAAGAGGUGACACUGGAAGAGGAUUCUGUAAUCAGUGUGACCCUGGAGUCAACGGUCUCAUCUACGGCCUCGUCUCCCCCCGCCAAACCUCAGAGAAGCUUCCGGCAAAAACGAGAGGAGGAGCCGGAAGCCACGGCCUAUCUGGAGGGGUGCGACUACGUGAAAGUGGAGGAGAAGCAAAUGAGUGUGAAGGAAAGUGAAGAAGGGUGUGAUGGGGAGGCAGAGGAGGAAGGACAGACAAGUGCUUCCUUUUAUUUAUCAGAUAAAGACAGAGGGAGUCCGAGUGGAACAGAAGAGGAUGAGAGUGAGGAUCAGGAGCAGAGGGAUGAAAGAGAGAGCAAGGAGGAAAACAGGGACUCAAAACAGGAGGAGGAGUUAGAGGAGGGAAAUGAAGUGGAGAUUAGACGUAGUAGUGAUAGGGAUGGAGAGGAUAGUACAGGAAGUGAGGAGGAGGAAGAUAACAAAGAAGGAGAGGAAACAGAGGAUGAGGAAGGAUUGAAAGAGGAGGCAGAUGUAAAUGAUGAGACAGUUUCGGACACAAUGGCACACAGCACUUCUGAAGAUGGAGAAGAAGAACCUUCGACUUCCCCGCCCUCCCGGGGUCGCCGCAGCCGCGUCAUCCGCCUGUACCAGUACGACGAGGACGGCCAGCGAUACGGACACCUCCCAGACCCAAAACCUGAUGAGCCGGGCCCCAACCCCAGACUCAAGCAGCGCUCCCUCUCUCUCACACGUCUCAACGCCAUCAUGGCCGCCGCCUCAGGAGGGCCGCUGGACACAGAGACGGGGAAGGAGGGGAAAGAGGAGAGGCCACACUUCCACAUGGACAUAUGAGACCGGAUCUUCAGAGGGGAGAUGAAACGGGGACAUUUGGAGGACCUGAAGAAGCUGCUUCAUCUUCCAGUUAUGGAUGGAGAACCACAGAUGGAGUUUAAACUUAAACGAUGUUGAUUAGGAUUUUUACAGGAUUUAAAUGACACCAUGAAAGCUCUCAUUUUACUUCUUAUCAACUUGUUCACUCACAUCUUCCUCCUUGUGAAGCUUUCAUUGUGUCACACCAAGUAAAUCAGCUUCCCAGAGAGCCUUUUGUUUGGAGGACUGGACUUCUGGAGUCUCUUAAGAUCACUAAAAUCUGCUUUGUUUGUUUGAAUGUUUCACAGUUGUUUGCAUAAAACCUUGAGGUCGCAUCGCUUAUUAACAGACUGAUUUUAAUACUUCCACUUUCUCUUUAUUAAUAUGAAACAUCUACAGAUAAGUCACAAAAUGGGAAAAAAUAAUUAUAAAGAAAACUCAAAUUCCACAGUUCUUCUCCCAGUUCAUGUUUUGUAUUCUUUAACAUUCUUUUAUCCUCAUCUUCUCGUCUCCAAAUGAACUCUAUAAAAAGACUACUCGGUUAGAGAAAGGCUUUUUUUGACCACAGUAGGCUGAUGAUGCACAGAGAUAGUCUCCGUGAGGAUGUGGUUGUACCCAGAGUCCGCAGAGAGGAUUCUGUAGUCCAUGUUUGUGCGUUUGAAAUCGUUAAAGUCUGUCAGUAUAUGUAAGAUCGAAAAACCGCAGUUCUUGCCUUCUGAAAGGAUAAAAUGAUUCCUCCUGUGUGUUUGUGUGUUUUUGUUUUUCCUCUUUCUCCUUUUUGGUGACGUGAUGCUGUCUGCUAUGAUGUGGGCCAAGCUUUCUGCCAUUCCACAAACUCGUCUAGCAGCACUGGCCCUGGAAACACAACGAGAAAGGAACAAUAUUAACACACAAAACAUCCAACGAUUAAAGAGCUUUCAAUCUGAGGAAUGAUGCAGCAAAGAGCAGCUUUAGAGCACCAAGGUAGAAGUUACUCUCAUUCAGAGUGAAAACAUAAAUGCUGAUCAGUAGGACAUGAUAACUGUUGAUGAUCAGUUUCUAAA